AUGAGCGUCGCCGAGCUCGCGAGCGUUCGCCCGUCGAGGGUGUGCGUUGUGCCCGAGUUUGAGGAUGCCCUCGCCGGAGAGCUCGUGGACGCGGGCAUGCAGCAUGACUUCACGCAAGCCGUCGCCUUCAAAAUACGGCAGAGGCGCGUGCUACUAACGGAUGCCGUGCCGGAUGACAUUACUGCGCGCGUCUGCCAGGCUGCAUGGACAUGGCGGGCUGCAGCCCAGUAA